CGGAAAGAGAAGUUUGAAAAUGCUCAAGAAGGAAGCUCUGGCGCCCAGCAUUCAACCGUGAUCAGGGUGCCCUCCCUCUCCUGAAGGGGUGCGUAACUCCAGGCUCCCUUGUAGCCAAAGGCCUUUGAGUUUUGUGAAGAAGAAGAACCUUACAGUCUUUGUUGUUCAAAAAACGUUGGCGGGGGUCUAUUGUGCGGUCUCGCUGAGUGAGGUGGACUUGUAAUUUGCGGGCAGAAGGCAAGGAAUUUUGGAUACGCCAGUCUGAAAGUGCACCAGCAGGCAGUUUCCUGCUUGCUUGUUGAAUCUGAACACUGAAAUUUGAGGACAAGUUGCAGCGCUCCUUUCCGAUUGUGUCGUCCACUUUGGUAAUUGCAAGUCUGUACAGAGGUCAGGCAUUAUGCAAGAAGGUGACCUCAGUGGCGGUGGAUAUGGAGAGACUGCGAGGCAAGAAGAGGCAUCAGAACCGCCAAGUGACAAUGCCCUUGUAGUAGCACGUAUUCCAGAGCAGCCUCAGUUUAGCAGUCCAGAAAGGGGUCAGCAAAUGAGUCAGCCGUCCUUCAAUCCCCUGGUGUCCCCACAGUCUCACACGCCGAUUAGUAGGCCUGGGGGUCACGGAAACAACACGCACGCACCAGGGGUUGUUGGAGAGGGGUCUUUGGCAGGUGUGAGCGCACCCGUGUACAUGGCCCAUCCUGCUUAUGAAGGACAAGCUGUUGAGGAACACCAUCCGGUACAGCCGCCAGUCCCAACAGCAGCUGUUCCUCACAUGGAGCACUAUCCGGGUUACCCUCAUGUAGAUAUGGGGAGGGUGCCAUACCAUACUCCCUAUGACCCCUACUACUCUGCGACUAUGAUGGGGUAUGGACAUCAGCCAAUGGCCCCGCACCCAUUGUUGGCGGCACAGACUGCCCGUAUGCCUCUGCCAAUGUCAGAGUUGUUGCCGGAAGAAGAGCCUGUGUAUGUGAAUGCAAAGCAGUAUCAUGGGAUUCUGCGGCGUAGGCAAAUUCGAGCCAAGCUGGAGCAAGAAAACCGAUUAGUCAAAGCGCGGAAGCAACCAUAUCUGCACGAAUCUCGACAUCAGCAUGCGCUGCGGCGAGCUCGGGGAUGUGGGGGUCGUUUCUUGAACACAAAACCGGAGAAAAAAGAUGAGGAGCAAGGCGGAGCAGCUCAAGAAGGGGCGAACUCAAGCGGGGCCACAACCGAGGCACCGCAGAAUCAGGAGACGGGGGCUGCUAGCCAGCAGAAUCCGAAUAAUUUGCCGGAAGCACCGUCAAACUUGCAGCAUGAGGAGCAGCCGGCGUUGGUUUACUCGAACGCCGUGGUUGUGCCUCAAUACAUGCAUGCCAACGGGCAAGCUGGCUAUCCGAUGGCAGCAUAUCAUCCACAUUAUGGCCCCGGCUCUGAGCAAUUGCCGCAGCCUGGGUUGACGUCGCAGUAGCGCAAUCAGACAUUGUUCGUUGAGUUUGAGUCGGCUGAUGCAAGUCAGGUUUGAAUCUAGAAUAGGAGAGCCAUCAAAGACAGCUACGGAAUGGGGGCAUUUUGCCGAUGCUACCAAGAAUGGCAUGGUGCAUCACUUGAGAGUAGGCUAAGAAAGCUCAACUAUCUUGUGACGAAGUCAACAAGAUUUUGCAAGUUUGUGAGCACCGUGUGUCCAGUCCAGGAGCAGACUUGACUGUAGGUGUGCUGAAGAGUUUGGCUCUGAUAUGCUUUUGGAUCGGGCUAUGUAAAAAAGAGAAGCGUAUCAAGUUGCCGUCUCAACUGUGUUGAUUGAUGAACGAACUUCGCCCAGUUGACGUGUGCCACCAUGAGCCUUGCUUCUUGCCAUUUAGC